AUGCCAGACCAGCGCCGCCCCUAUCGCUCCCACAAGGUGCCCGCCUGCGAUCGAUGCCGCCGAUUCAAGCGGCGAUGCACCGGCGGGUCUCCAGAUCGGCCUUGCGUGCUGUGCCACCUACAGGAAGUGCCCUGUCUCAUCUCAGCCAGUCCCAAAGCCCAGGCCGGGGUACGUCGCUCGUCUAGACGUGAACAGCGACGUGUUUUGCCCAAGCAGACUCCAUCUAAUGUUAAUGUGACGGUCCAUGCGACACCCUCGCAGGCCGACCCAGACGUCGGACAGGAUGAGAGGAUCGGGACCGAUUAUCACGGCUCGCCGACCCAGGACCGCUCUAAGAUUGAGCUGUCGAUGGUUGCGAGUCCGGUCAUCUCCGAGGAUAUUCAGAUUCUGGAGCGUUAUAUGUCUUCGAAAGCUAGUAGUUCCAUGCCCGUUUCCGUCGACGGAAGCCUCUCUCAUGCGGGGGCCAAUCCAAUGGUAUAUUUGAGAGUUCCCCGACGGAGAGAGGGCCUUGCCAUGUCGGAGAACCCGGGCAAGCAGCAGAAGGAGAUCUUACGGCAGAUUCUCAAGCCGUAUGCGGAUGAGUUGGUCAGGCUGUAA